GCGCCCGUAGCGCGCCGGGCCGGGCCGCGCCGGGCCGAGCCAGGCAUGCAGGGCAAGGGCAAACUGCUGGUGGUCCACAACGGGCGCAUGGGCCCGGCCGUGUCAGAUGGAGAGUUGAAUGCCUCCCGGGCCCGUGGCAGCAACCACAGUGUGAACAGCCUGCCAGGGCCACCAGCCUCGUGUGGAUCCACCCAGGGCUCUGUGGUCAGCUGGGCUGAAUCCUUCGAGACGCUGCUGCAGGACCGUGUGGCUGUCACCUACUUCACUGAGUUCCUCAAGAAGGAGUUCAGUGCUGAAAAUGUCUACUUUUGGCAGGCAUGUGAGCGCUUCCAGCAGAUCCCAGCCAGUGACACGCAGCAGCUGGCCCAGGAGGCACGGCGCAUCUACGAUGAGUUCCUCUCCAGCCACUCGGUCAGUCCUGUGAACAUUGACAAGCAGGCCUGGAUUGGGGAGGACAUGCUGGCCACCCCCUCCCCAGACAUGUUUCGCAUCCAGCAGCUCCAGAUCUUCAACCUGAUGAAGUUUGACAGCUACACACGUUUUGUGAAAUCCCCCCUGUACCAGGCCUGCCUGCGGGCAGAGAGCCAGGGCCAGCCCCUGCCUGACCUGCGGCCCCACUCCCGCAGCAGCAGCCCCCCUCCUGACCUCAGCAAGAAGACGAAGCUGAAGCUGGGCAAGUCGCUGCCCCUGGGCGUGGAGACGGCGGGCAGCAGUGCCAGCCGCAGCCUGCAGCGCUCCUUCAGGAAGGGAGAGCGGCGGGAGCCCUCCUGGGCAGAGGGGGGAGAAGGCAGCAGGAGCGCCAUGCUGUGGAGGGAGUCCCAGGGCUCACUCAACUCCUCCGCCAGCCUGGACCUCGGCUUCUUGUCCUCGGCCAGCACAGCCACCAGCCCCUGCACGGAGGGCCAGCAGAAGAGCCUGGGGGGCAGCGAGGCGGAGCUGCCAGGCAAGCCCAUGAAGUACUGCUGUGUGUACCUGCCCGAUGGCACGGCCUCGCUGGCCUCUGUCCGGCCCGGCCACUCCAUCCGGGACAUGCUGGCCGGGCUGUGCGAGAAACGCGGCUUCAGCCUGCCCGACAUCAAGGUGUUCCUGGUGGGCAAUGAGCAGAAAGCGUUGGUGCUGGACCAGGAGUGCUCCGUGCUGGCAGACCAGGAGGUGAAGCUGGAGAACAGGAUAAGCUUUGACCUGGAAAUCUCCUCCCUCAACAAGACCAUCCGCAUCACAGCCAAGUCAACCAAGCGCAUCCGGGAGGCGCUGCAGCCCGUGCUGGGCAAGUACGGUGUGAGCGUGGAGCAGGCGCUGCUGCGCAGGCAAGGUGAGCCAGCCACCCUGGACUUGGAGAAGCUGGUCAGCACAGUGUCUGCUCAGAAACUUGUCUUGGAAACACCAGCAGACGUGCGAGUGAUGGGGAGCGCUGAGGCUGCGGCUGCCUCCUCUCUGCUCCGGAGUGAGGAGGGGAGCCCAACAGGAGCAGAGCCUGACACACGAUGGGAGAUGCCCUCCUCCUUCUCCAGGCCACAAUCUUCAGCUGCCAUGAACCUCAACCGCCGCACGUACGACCUGGAAGGGCUGGUGGAGCUGCUGAACCGUGCCCAGAGCUGCCGGGCCAACGACCAGCGUGGGCUGCUCUCUAAGGAGGACCUGGUCCUGCCCGACUUCCUCCAGCUCCCCGUGCAGGACAGCAGCGCCUGCGAGGGGUCACAGCAGCCCAGUGCCCCUCAGGCUGGCUCUGAGGGAAGCAGCUGCCCUCAGGAAGAGCCUGCUCUGGCUCAGCCUUCGUUGGACCACAAGCUCUGAUGAGUGCUGCUGCACGUCCACACCCGGCGUGUGGCACCCCCAGGCCAUGCCAGGGUUCGAGAGGGGCCCGACAGCCCCUGCCCUGCACUGCUGACACUGCCCAGACUGCAGAUCCAUCCACGUCCCGUCCCACGCUGUCACGUCGUGUCCUGUGAGUGGCUGAGCAGCUGCCAUGCCCCGCUGUGGGGCCACAUCCCGGUGCACACCAAGGGACUCUUGUACAUAGUCUGAACCCUCGUUGCAAAGCACUUUGCAACGUCCCUGGCACUGCCCUGCCCAGUGCCCCUGCCCUGCCCAGCACAUCCUGCCUGUGUCACACAGCCCCGCUCGCUCUCUGGGUGGGGAAAGCUCCCUUCCAGCUGCAGGGUGUGCAGGAUGGACAGGCUGGGUGGGGAGGAAAGGCAGGCUCCAGUCCUGAGCUGCAGUGCUGUGGGCAGGCAGGGUCAGCAGAACUUGUGCCCCGAGCUCAGAGCCAGAUGCAGCCCUGGCCCCGUGGGAACGGGGCUGCCCCGUUGUUGAUUUGCAAGUCCACCCUUGCUGGGGAGGGUGAGCGUGGCCCUGCCAGGCUGUGCCCUGGGCAGGCUGUUACGUCUGCAUUGCGUGAGCGUGGCCUGAUCCUGCCACAGCAGCACUGCUUGGAGCAGGGUACGUGGUUCCUGCCCCGGGCAGCCAGAGGCAGAGCCAGCAGAUGGUGCCAAAAAAGCCUUCCUCCUCCUCCUCCUCCUCCUCCUCCUCCUCCUCCUCCUCCUCCCUGCCGGAGAUCCUGUGUGGGCGGCUGCUGAGGGACAGGCAGGAGCAAAUCCCCAUCUCCCCUGCCCCAUCCCCACUGGGGUGUGGGUGCUCAGCCUGCAGGACAGCUCUGCUUGGUGCCAGCAGAAUGCAGCAGCCCUGGGUGUGAGCACCUCAGCCUGGUGUGCCGGUCCCCAGUGUGUGCCCAGCCUGUCAUUCCUGCCAGGAGCCUGGAGCCUCCAUCUGCCAGUCCUGGCUGGGCACUGCUGGUCCCCAUGCCCAGCAGCCCGGUGUCCGCAGAGGUCCCAGACAGAAUCUGCAAUGGAGAUGUUCCCCCAACAACAGCCAGGAGAUCCCUCCAUCCUUGCCAGAGCCCCUCCUGGCUGUGCCUUGGGUAACCACUGCACCACCACUGCCUGGCCAGAGGCAGAGGGGUGACCCAGGGCCCCCAGGCUUGCCCAGAGAUGGGGGCAUGGCCACCCAGCCCUAUGCUGCCACAGCCAGCCGCAGCCCUGUGGCCUUAGUCAGAGCCCUCCUGUGUCUCUGUGAUGCUGCUCAGUUCUGUCUGUGCUGUGGAACCAGGGGAAAUAAAGAGCAUUGCCUGGA